CUUCUCCUUCCUCUCCUCCUCUUCCUCCCUCUUUUCCCUCCCUCCCUCUCUCCCGCCCUCCCGUCAAAAGCCUACCCACAAUGCCUUGCAAUCUGCAACGUAGCCGGAAGAUGGCGGCUGCGGUGUAGAUGUGGGACCGCGGCUCCCUAGACUGCUCCGGUGACUCCUCGCCUCGUGGGGCCCCGACGGCGUCGGAGGCUCCGACUCCUCAGCCGGUCCGAGUCCUCCUCCCGCCUCCGGUUUCUGCAGAAUCAUGGCAAGUCCAAGAACAAGGAAGGUUCUUAAAGAAGUCAGAGCACAGGAUGAAAACAAUGUGUGUUUUGAGUGUGGUGCAUUCAAUCCCCAGUGGGUGAGUGUGACCUAUGGGAUUUGGAUCUGUUUGGAAUGCUCAGGGAAACAUCGAGGCUUAGGAGUUCAUCUCAGCUUUGUGCGCUCUGUUACCAUGGACAAAUGGAAGGACAUUGAGCUUGAGAAGAUGAAGGUUGGGGGAAAUGCCAGAUUUCGAGAAUUCCUAGAAUCCCAAGAAGAUUAUGAUCCUUGUUGGUCAAUGCAGGAGAAAUACAACAGCAAAGCUGCGGCUCUUUUUAGGGACAAGGUAGCAACAUUAGCUGAAGGAAAAGAAUGGUCACUUGAAACAUCAUCUGCUCAAAACUGGACUCCACCUCAACCUAAAAUGGCUCUAUCCUCAGCUCACCGUGCUUCUGGCCAGUCCCAGAAUAUGACUGCCUCUUCAGACAAAGCUUUUGAAGACUGGUUGAAUGAUGAUAUCAACUCAUAUCAAGGAGGCCAAGAGAAUCGCUAUGUUGGGUUUGGUAACACAGUACCUCCUCAGAAAAAAGAUGAUGACUUCCUCAAUAAUGCCAUGUCAUCACUGUAUUCGGGCUGGAGCAGUUUUACAACUGGAGCAAGCAAGUUUGCUUCUGCAGCUAAAGAAGGGGCUACAAAAUUUGGAUCCCAAGCAAGUCAAAAGUUUUGGGGCUACAAGCAGCAACCAGAGCCGGCCUCAGAGUUAGGUCACAGUUUAAAUGAAAAUGUUCUCAAACCUGCACAGGAAAAGGUAAAAGAGGGAAAGAUUUUUGAUGAUGUGUCCAGUGGGGUAUCUCAUUUGGCAACCAAGGUUCAGGGGGUUGGCAGUAAAGGAUGGAGAGAUGUCACUACCUUCUUUUCAGGAAAAACAGAUGAACCCUCAGAGAGACCACCUGAGGGUGAUAGUUACCAGAACAGUGGAGGAGGACACUACCAGAACAGUGCUAUAGAUCAGAAUUUCUGGGAAACUUUUGGAAACUCAGAACUUCCCAAGACUCAUAAAUCACCUAGCAGUGACAGCUGGACAUAUGCAGACAAUUCCACAGAGAAGAAGAGCUCAGAUAGCUGGGAUAUCUGGGGCUCAGGAACUGUCUCCAACAACAAAAACAGUAAUAACAGCGACAGCUGGGAGAAUUGGGAAACCAACUGGGAAAGUGCUGGAGGGGAGGGCAAAACUACCAAGGCCUCAAAGAAGGCGACCAAAGCAGCAACAUCCUCUGACGAAGGAUGGGACAACCAGAACUGGUAGACACAACCUUGGCCACUGGUGGAGAGAAGUCCUCCAACAGUUAUAGGCCAUCUUGUGCUUAGUCUUCAUUUCUUCUGACAUCUGUUUUGCCUGAGACAACAAGACGUAUGAAGCAAAGUGAAAUUCUCUUAGGUGAUUCAGCAUGACCUUUGUUCUUCAGUCAUCAAAACUCUUUGCAGGCAUCUGAGCUUUCUUGGGCUAUUCUUUGAAGCCAGAUGACUUUCUUCAGGGUGUCCUGCCCCAGAAACUUCCAGUUCAAGUGCAAGCACUUUCUCCUGGCUCCGUACUGCAUGUGCAAUUUUUCUAGAAUUUCUUGUGCAGCCUUCAUUGUACUGAUGUGUUAGAGUCCAGGACCAGAUGAUGUCAUCAAGGGGCAACAAAAAGAACUGCAGUUCUUUGAAUGCAGAAUGAAAGACAUUCAUUGAAAUGACACUAAAUAAAAUACCUUCCUGAAUUGUUAGGAUGAAUGAAAUUAUGUGAAAUGUUUUUGACCUUUUAUGAAAUGUCUUUUUAAAUUGAAAUGCCUUUUAAGUUUAAAGGGUUUUGAUUUUUUUUCAUUGUUCUCUACAAAGAAUUCCUAGAGUUGGAAAACUGAAAAAUACAGAAAGCAAUAUCAACACUGACUUUUGGCCAUCCUGCCCCUACUUGGAUGUCCAGAUCGUCCUUGUUGCCUUUUCUCUCUCUCUUACCAUUUCAGAUCUAUAUGCCCAUUGUUCAAAUCCCUCAGGGUGAUAAUAUUUAUAAUGCAAAGUGAUACAACUUAAAACAUUAUUAUAAAAGAGUAUUCUUUUGUCAUUCCUUUUUAACCUUUUUACUCUUACUUGCUAACAUGAACACUUUAAUUAAUAACUUUUUUCCCCUUACCAUUUCUCAUAGUACCUAUUUUGAGAUCUUUUUACCACACUCACAUCUGUAGAUGUGAACUUUAAAUCAGUGUUAAUACUAUAAAGGAAUGCAACUAGGAUAUCAAAAUGAAAGGAUAAAAAUAAAAUAGCAUUAAAUAAAAUGGUAAACCACUUUGGUUCCAAAUAUAAAUGUUAUUUUUUAAUCUACAUUCUGGCUCUCCAAAUCUAGUUUUACUUUAUUUGUUGUAUGGCUAGUUAUUAAAAUAAUCUUUGCUUUCUCUUUCUUCUUACCUGUUUGCUCUGGAUUAUGCUUGCGAAAAGAAUUUUGUUUUUAUAUUUUCUUGCUAGCACUGCAGUUCAUCAGAGCAGUGAGCAUUAAAAUUUAAUUCACACUAUUGAUUAAAACAAAAUUGCCCAAAAGAAUAAUUUUGUAGGGAAAUAUACCAGAGAAACAGAUUUUUAUUAUUCAUUUUUCUCUAGGCAUUCUACAAAUUUUCUUUACUGUUUCAGUGUUAAUAUAGUUUGGUUUUUUUUUUUUUUUUUUAAGUCAAUUUUGGAAUUCACUUAAACCUCCAAUCAUGAUGCCAUGGAUGAAAAUUCUCAGAAAAUAUGACACCCUUUUAAACCUUUGACUGGCUUUCAUAGAAUUUUUACACUCCCAAAAAGGGUGAUAUUUGUUAUCUACACAAGUUUAUUCAUGUUAACUCUUUGUUAUUGAAAAAUUUGGUCAAAAACCAUAAAGAAGUAUUCUUUUUUGAGGAGGGGAAUGGGGGAAGAUGGGGCAAUCUUUUCAAAUUAUAAUUGUGCUAGAUCUUGGUUACCAAAGCAGUGUCAGGAUUUGAAGAUGGAAAAAUCAUACUUUGUAUAUUGGAAGUUGGCACCAUUGUGGUCACUGCACUAUUUUCCCCUGUUUCAAGUUAACAUUUAAUUCUUGGUGGUUUUUAUUUUUAAUUUUAUUUUGCUAUUGUCUUUCCUUUGAUAAGUGUCUUCUACUUGUCUGCAGUUAUUGAAUCUUCUAGUGAGCUAUUUUUACUUGACCAUAUGGGAGUUUUUAUCUGGUUUAAAUAUACUAGCUUAAUACGUUACUUUUUUCCACCAUCUCUUUUCCUUUACAUGGAGACUUCUUUUAGACAAAAAACAAAACAGAUCUAUAUUUUGAUAAUAAGAAUUUCUGCCAUAAUGGUCAAGAUUCUCUGCUCUUUUAGGAAUGCCUAGACUUUUUUUCAUUCAUCUUGUCAUUUUGUUCUGAAGACUCCACAGUUUAAGUGCAUGUUAACAUGAAAUAAUUUGUCCGUUAAUCUUUUUUGCAUCAACUCUUACCUCAUCACUUGUCAUCUGUGGAUUUUGAAACAGUAGUGCAUGUAACCUGAGAGCCUUGUCUAAUUUAAAUAUAAAAUGUUUUCUCCACUUUCUUGAUUAGCAAUGUGUGUGUGUGUAUGUGUGUAUGAUGGUAGCAGUAUUUAUGUCAACAGAAGUCACUGGAUGGAUUGGGUCAUCUAAUUGUUCAAGUUAUCUAUCUCAAAUGAUCCAUAGACAUUUUGGCUUUCUGUGUGCUUUCUUAUUAUUGUUGGAUUCUAUCAGUCUUUCAUUAACAAGAUAGAUUUUUAGAUGAGCAAACAAUCUCUUGCAUAUUCUUUUGCUUUAACAUUGCAUUCUUUUAUCCUUUUGUGCUUAUGUUAAUAUUUAUGUCCAUCAGUACUGUUUCAUAUUUCUAGGAUUUGUUUAAGUCUAAUUCAUUUCAUGAAGUGGAAUAUUUUUAGCUCAUACCUCAGUAAAGCACAACUUGAUGAAAAUGAAGUUUUUCCUAAAAGAAAAAUAUUCCUGAAGCUCACAGUUCCAGGAAGUAUAGUUGUCAGUCACCAAGUACUGCUAUAAGUGUUUGUUGAAAUAGCAUUUAAAGGAGUUUAUGAAUAGGUCGGUAAUAAAACAAAUCAACUUUCAGUUUAGGAAUUUGUGUGUUUUUGAAACAAGGUGAAAGUCAAAUUUCUUCUCUCCAAAUAGAGUAGUGAUAGGGAGAAGAAUAAAGCAUCUUGGUGGACAUUGAGAAAUCUUUGCCUGGGUGAAAUAGGUUGAAAAUGUAAAAGAACUUGAGGAUUUUAUAUAGGUGAACAUUUCUUUCCUAGGACUAACUUAACAUACUUCAAAGUCAAAGAUAGUGAUUCUCUGAUGGUAUAUUGGAGGAAGAACAAACUCUGGAGAAGUUCAAGAAAUUGAGCCAUUAUGUGUAACAAAUCUGUCUUCCAUUGUUCUCAAACUAGAAUGCUGUAGGAGAGCCUAGCCUUUUAAAAUUGGCUUCAGUUUUUUGUUACUGUUGUUUUGUCUUAGCUCUUGAACUUUACAAUGUUGGGUUUUGGUUUUUAAUUUUUUAUUUUCCCCCAUUUUUUUGGACUCAUUGAUAAAACUGCUACUUGUUUUUUUUUUUUUUUUCCCUGUCCAAACUUAAUGACAUUCCUCUGGUAGGUAAAGAAUUUGUUAUGAUUGUAACAAUUGUGCAAUAUUUUAAUAUGUGUGAACAAAUUUGCCUUUCUUCUUAUCUAAUCCAGGAAGUAAAAUUUUAAGGUGCAGUCUCCCUUUUUGAAAUUAGAGUAUUAGACACCUCACUUGCAAAUGUUUGUUGUUGCUCAAGGGGAAAAUUUGAAAGAAUUCUCAGUGCUAGUCAAAAGGUGUAUUCCAAAACCAGUUUCCAGAAUGCUAUAACAGGGUGUUCUAAUGUGACCUUCAUUGUAUAUCAAAGAAAACAAUUCUUCCUCUGUGUCAGUUGCAGAUAAUUUUAUAGCAUGCCAUCCAAGAUAAGGGGAGACUGUAUCUUCAAUUUUCUUGGUCUGUUUUUGUGGUGUUUUAAGGAUUUGGAAAUUUUGGUGAUGUUAUUCUGUUCUAUAAAAAUGGUAUUGGACUUAAACUGCCAUGUCAUCCUUUAAAUGAGCAUUACAAUAAAGCAAAGAGAAGUAGAUGCAA